UCCCCAUAUAAUUCUUUUGCUUUGCAGGAGGUGCCAGUUUGGAUCUAAAUUCUGUGGAACCGAAACCAAAAAAAUGGAUCCUUGACAUGACAUGGCUCAAUCUUGUGCAGUUGUCUAGCUUGUGCCCUUUUAACGAACUUCUGGUACAAGUUGUUAGGAAUGAGAAGGCCUGGAAAGCUUGGUUUGAUGCAGAAGCACCUGAAAAAGCUGUUGUUCCUGAUGGGUAUGACAGCUUACUGGAUCAAUUCCGUAAGCUUCUCCUUGUCCGUAGCUGGUGCCCUGAUCAUACUGUUGCCCAAGCUCGACACUACAUUGCAGAAUCCCUUGGUGUGAAAUACGCAGAAGGAUUUAUACUUGAAAUGGAAGCAAUGUGGUCAGAAAGUGACUGCCGAACACCUCUGACAUGCUUUUUAUCAGUGGGGUCUGACCCCACUGAAAAUAUAGAACGUCUUGCAAAAUCAAAGAAUAUUCCCUGUCGUGCCAUUUCAAUGGGUCAGGGCCAGGAAGUCCAUGCAAGGCGCCUGUUAAAUCAAUGCAUGCAAGACGGAGGAUGGCUCCUUCUACAGAACUGCCACCUUGGCUUAGUGUUUCUUAAUGAAUUAAUGGACACCAUCACAACAACAGAAUCAAUGAGUGAAGGUUUCAGGACCUGGAUAACUACAGAGGCUCACCCAGAGUUUCCUAUUAAUCUUUUACAGUCAUCUAUCAAAUUUACUAACGAACCACCUCAAGGUGUGAAAGCUAGCUUAAAACGAACUUACUCUACUAUCACUCAGGAUCACCUAGAAGUGAGCAACAUGCCACAGUGGAAACCAUUACUAUAUGCUGUAGCGUUUCUUCACACAACUGUUCAGGAAAGAAGAAAGUUUGGUCCACUGGGCUGGAACAUUCCUUAUGAAUUUAAUCAGGCAGACUUCACAGCCAGUGUGCAAUUUGUUCAGAAUCAUUUGGAUGAUAUGGACAUUAAGCACGGAGUGAACUGGAGCUGUGUUCGCUAUAUGCUUGGAGAAGUGCAGUAUGGAGGCCGUGUAACUGAUGACCUCGACAAAGCUCUGCUGAAUACAUUUGCGAGAGUGUGGUUUGGAGAGCAUAUGUUUAGUGACAAAUUUUGUUUCUACAAAGAUUAUGUGAUUCCAAAAGGGAAAACAGUUGAAGACUAUCUCCAGUACAUAGAGCAAUUGCCAGUGAUUGAUACACCUGAGGUAUUUGGUCUGCACCCUAAUGCAGAUAUAACUUAUCAAACCAACCUCGCAAAUGAGACACUGAAUACAAUAGUGAGCAUCCAACCCAAAGACAGCAGCAGUGGAGGAGGGGAGACCCGAGAAGCAGUGGUGCAGCGCCUUGCUGAUGAGAUGCUGGAGAAGUUACCUCCAGAUUACAACCCCCAUGAGGUGAAAGCCCAGCUUCAAAAGAUGGGAGCUAUUCAACCCAUGAAUAUAUUUCUCCGUCAAGAAAUUGACCGCAUGCAGCAUGUUAUAUCAAGUGUUCGAGCCACACUGACUGAUCUCAAAUUGGCUAUAGAUGGAACCAUAAUUAUGUCAGAAGAACUGCGAGAUGCAUUGGAUAGUAUGUAUGAUGCCAGAAUUCCCAAACUAUGGUUUCGGAUUUCCUGGGAGUCUACAACUUUAGGAUUUUGGUUUACUGAGCUUCUUGAAAGAAACCAGCAAUUCAGCACUUGGCUCCUGGAUGGCCGACCAAAUCAGUUCUGGAUGACAGGGUUCUUUAAUCCACAGGGAUUCCUCACUGCCAUGAGGCAGGAGACAACACGCUCAAACUUGGCAAAAGGAUGGGCACUCGACAACAUUGUUUUGCACAACGAGGUGACCAAGAUGAUGAAAGAAGACGUGGCUGGCCCACCUCCAGCUGACAUUGGUGGGGUCUAUAUAUACGGCCUUAUCCUCGAAGGGGCUGGUUGGGACCGCAGGAACAGCAAACUGGUCGAGUCAGCACCAAAGGUGCUGUUCACAAGUCUUCCUGUAGUCCAUGUGUAUGCUGUCAGCACAACAGCAUUACAGGACCCAAAGAAGCAACAAGGCAAUGUGUACUACUCCUGUCCUGUCUACAAAAAGCCUCGGAGGACAGAUCUAACAUACAUUUUCUCUUUGUACCUGAAAACAACACAGAAUCCUGAUCACUGGACUUUACGGGGUGUGGCACUGCUCUGCAGUUCAAAAUGAGGACCAACAAAUAGCUCUAAAAUAAAAAAAAUAGCCACCUAGGAAAUAAGCUUGCAGCCAGUAGGAAUUCCAUUGUUAUUUUCAGAGUGGUGUGGGAAUUAGCAAGUGAGGUACAGAGAUCGUGUUAAUCAUACAUAGAUCAGUUUACGCUCUUCACAGUGAAUACACCUAAAUGUAUUUAACCUGGGAAUGUGAAAGGGAAACAGGUACAGCAGCUGUUGUGGAGCAGGAAUACAUUCAGCUAGUUUGCUCAUACGGGAAAUGCUAGGGAAAACAUGCUUAUGCUUGUGAUAACUGCUCUAACAUUUAUGGUGGUUCUUUUGUAAAUGCUGUCCUUUCUUCCUAGUAUAAGUCCUACUCACAGUACAUUAUGAUUCUUUUUAAAAUCAACUUUGUAGUUAAAAGCUUAUCACGCAUAGCAUUAUUAAAGCAGUAAUGAUGAGUGACUUAAACUCAUAAUAAAACUUCAUCCUUUUCUGCACAUAUGUGAAUGUAUUUGAUUUUCGCAUUUGUAAACUUGCUGAGUGGUUUUACAGAUGGAUGCUGCUAUUUCCUUGAGUAGUCCAUUGUAUAUUGAAAUAGAAGUGAGUUUAUCUUUGCACAAGUUACUGCUUUUGCACGUUAGCUCAUUACCAAACAUAUAUCCCAUUAGAAGGAAGAUGCGCACACACCAAAUUCUUAGUGAGAAGCAGUUCUGAAACCCUUCUCAGAGUAAACAUACCUAAACACUGCUUUGGCCCAACUAAUAUUUGCUGUAUUGGUGUUUGUAUAAUCGAUGAAUAUAAAGAUGUUAUAAUUAUGAAAUAAACAAGAGAGUUUGGCAAAGCAGAUUAUAAUAACAAAAAGAGAAUAGAUAAAACACUUACCUGCAUCCUGGGCUCACUGCAAAACUCCAGAGGAGGGAUCUCUAGAAGAAACCCUUUCCCAGUGGUAGUCAGCUCUUAAAUGGGGUCUAGGAGAGGUGGAGCCAGGCUCCAUCCCUUCUGGCAGCACAGGUGAAUUGCCUUCACCUGUGCUCCUGUGGCUGAUUCAUUGCUCACCUCAGGUCAAUCAGAGGUUCAGGCUGUGAUUCAGCAAUUCCCAUACAGCUUACUGCCUUGAGUCCUGCGGCCUCAAACCUCUCAACUGCAUUUUAUGCUGUAUUUUGCAUUAGUCUACGUUGAGAAAAAGAAAGAAGAAAAAGAAACAAUAUAUAUAUUUUUAAAAGGUAGAGGAUACAGGAGCCAUUUCUGGGAGUAGAUUCACAUGAAAAGAUUGGUGUUAUGUUGUCUAUUGUCACCUCUGCAGUUUAUGCUAUGAUUGAAGGGUGACUGCUGCUUCUCUUAAUAGACAGCUAUUGGCCAAAAAUGUGUUUCACUUUUUUUCACUAGCACAAAUUCAAAGCAAAAUAAAUUGCUGUUGGAUGUUCUGAAAGAAACAGUGAGUGCUUCAUUACUCACUUUUUUUUCUCCUUGUAAGCACUUGAAAUCUUCUUUUCAGCCACUAUCUAAGAAGGUAGUUCACCUUUCCCCACACCCAGUUUCACUCUGCUGUUAGCAGCCACAGGAUUCUUUCCAUGAGGAAGUUCGAUAUUCACAGUCCUACCCACUAUUAAGCAGAAGGGGCCAAGUUUCUUCUUGGAAAACCGAGCAGCUGGAGCAGGAUUCCUUUAGAACUUGCUUUACAUGGGGUGGAGGUAGGAUGGUCUUACCCAGUGACACCACCUGUUCCAAAUAUCUGCUCCAGGCCUCCUGCAGCACGGCUGUAUGUCAGCGUGUCAGCUGACUCCACUGAGAAUUCUGCUUAUGGGAAAGGUGAAGAACUGGGCCUCCAGAUCUUUGCCUUGCAAAUCACGAAGAAGGUAAGAGAGACUUCCAAUGGGGAAUGCCUAUGCUGUGGUAUAGAAAAUGAGGAUUUAAUCUGUAGAGUUCUCCCCGCUUCCUAUCUCUUUGAGGGGUUAUGGUGUCAAUUUUAACCUCUUGGUGCAUGCAAAACUCAUGCACAAAUAAAGCUUAAAAUGAAGAGCAUGUGUUGAGUUACUUUGCACACCUGAAGUACCUACUACUUGUUAUGAAAACAGUAAAUCCUUUGAACAACUGAAAUUAGAACUGCUCAUUAAAAAUAUGUAUGCAGUUGAGCUUAUGUGUUGUGCUUCAUGGAAACUGCAUCACUUCCUUUCUUUGUCAAGUUGAUUAAAAAAUUAAACUCUGUGUAAAGAAAAUCUAUAGGUGCAUGGUUCUAGCACAUGGUGUCCUGAAGCAGAAUAAUAAAAAAAAAAAGAUACAACACAAAAUGAUAGCUUCUUUGAUCCUUUCAUUUCAGCAACUAAUGCCUAUUUUGUCAAUUCAGGAAGGCCUCAAAUCUCACAGAGCAGAAGGCAGGUGAUACCCCUGGGGAACCAGACUGAUGGUACAGGGUUCCACUACAGGCAGGGACAGUUCUGUACCCAACAGGAAGAAGACCACGGCCACCUGCUUCCAGAAAAUUCUGUAAAGUAGUUGAAAAACAAAACCUUCAAUGUAUCCCAUCAUUAAAAUGUCUCUUUCCCUUUACCAUGCAGUGAAGAUGCACCACUGACAGUUGAAAGAGGUAUCUUCCUCUGCCUGUUUCCCUCCCUCAUCCCAUUCUGUCCCUCCAUGCAGUGGCAUUACUCCUUUCAAUCUGACAGCUCAAUUUGCUUUGAGAUGCCAUUAACUUGGCAUA